AUGCAAGUCGAUGUUUACAGCUUCGGAAGUGCCAUCUCCGCCUGCGCGACGGGGUCGAUGUGGCGUGAGGCGCUCUCAGCACUCGGGGAGAUGCAGAUCCUAGAGAUCUUGCCGAGCAUCGUUGCUUGGAACAGCGCCGUCAGUGCUUGCGCUCGCGCGGGGCAGUGGCAGCGAGCAUUUCGUCUUCUGGGAGACCUUGAGGGCAUGCCCAUUGAAGCUGACGUGGUCACCUACAGCUCUGUCAUGAAAGCUUGCGACAUGUCCAGCCAGUGGCAGUUGGCCCUUGCGUUGCUCGGGUCGCUGAGACGGCAGGACGUCAGAGCCAACCUGGUUGCUUUCAACACAGCCAUCAGUGCCUGUGUAUCCGACCGCUGGGCUCUCGCCGUUCACAUGCUACAGGAGUCGAUCGCUCAAGCAAUGUGCCCAGAUCCGUUCAGCUUGGCAUCGGCUCUGGAUGCAUGUAGCGCGGCAGAGGACUGGCCCUUGGCCCUGAACUGCCUGCGCGAAGGAAGGAUUGGAGCAACAACUCCUUGCUGGAAUGCCAUGAUCAAGGCAGCUGCUGAGACCGGCGGCUGGACGAUGGCGGUGCAUCUGUUGCAGCGGAUGCCGGCAGACCAGCUGCAGCCGAACAUCAUGACUUCGGGCAGCACCUUGAAGGCUGCAGAGCGGUCUUCAGAGUGGGACGUAGCCCUCUUCCUCCUCGUUACCAGCAUUCCGCAGAGGCUGCUGAGGGGCAAUGUCAUCAUCCACAACUCCCUGCUCAGUGCCUUCUCGCAGGCUUCAAAGUGGCAGGCGGCGCUGCAUCUGUUAGACUCGAUGGCUGCCCAGUGCCAGCCGGACGCUGUCAGCUACAACACGACCAUCACCGCUUGCACUCGUGCGACGCACAGCCAGCAUGCCAUGGAGCUCCUGUCUUCCAUGGAGCAUCAGAGUCUGGAGCGAAGCGCCAUCAGCUUUAACUCGGCCGCGGGUGCUUUUGCGGAUGGCCGUUGGGCCUUCUCCCUGGAGUUGCUGGCUUCAAUGUCCACAGCAGCUGUCGCACCGAACGCUGGAAACUGCAGCGCUGCAAUGAAUGCCUGUGAGAAGGGAGGCGAAUGGCGCUGGCCUCUUGAGGCGCUUGCAACGGCGCGGCCCGGGAUGGCUAAUACAGUCGUCUACAACGCCGCCAUGAGCGCGUGUGCGCAGGCGAUCCAGUGGAUCCAAGCCUGUGAUUUGAUGAGGCAGAUGACGGCUGGCACCGUGGCACCAUCUGUCGUCACCUUCAACAGCUUGGUCAACGCGCUUGCUUCUGGACGCAAGCCAGAACUGGUUCUGCAGUUGCUCCCAGCCAUGGCAGAGGCGGCCUCGCUGCCCAAUGCCGUCACCUUGAGUUCGGCAGUCGAUGCCUGCGCAAGGGGAGAGAGGUGGAUGUGGGCUUUCACUGUCCUGGAGUGGUUUCCCAGGCACUGCCUCCCUGCGCCCCUUGCAGCGCUGCGGAGUGCCGCCUCCGGAGCCUCGGGUGCCGGUCGCUGGCGCCGGGCUGCGCUCCUUCUGGAGGCAUCUUCUGACGCCGCAGACACGGCUGCCAUUGCGUCGGCUGCGGCUGGAUCAGAGUCGUCAGCGCCUCCAACUGUCCUCCUCGAUGCGGUGGCCCAUGGCGCUACCGGGGUGCUGCAUGCCCUGAAUGGGAGCUAG